AUGAUCAAGGCAAUAUUCUACAGCAAGUUCGACACACAAGAAGGCCCAAAAGUUGUCCAUCAAGUCCCCGAUGGAGCCAUUGUGUCGUCCCCGACAGCGCCUCCGAACCAAUCACCCCUAAUUGCUUUCUCUGACAUAUCCUUCUUUGUGAUUCCGCGGCAGGAACUAUGCGGUAACCUAAUUCACGUAUGUUCCGGUGGAUAUCGUAUUCUUGGCUCCCCUGUCUGCAUGACCUCCCCGAAAUACGACCGAAACGAGUUCAUUUUCAACUUCUGCAUCGUGUUGGCGGAAGAUGAGGAAUUUGGCACUUUCAAAAGCGUGGUGCAGAAGCUGGCGGAUCUUAUGUGCGGGCUGGAGGAGCAGUCCGGAUUUUUGUCGAAAGAUUUCUCUAAAGGUGGAGAGGGCAAGGUUUACAGUUUGUGUGAGACGUUGAUGGAAGAUUUGAAUAAUUAUUGCGAGUGUAUGAUUCCGAUUGAUGAACUCAACACUCUGAAUAUCAAGUUAUUUCCUAUUUAUCCCUCACCACCUAUCGUCAAAGCUUGGCACGUACCGCUAUUUACUGUUCGAUACGAAGCUUUUAUGGAUGAAAACUGGGAUCUUACAAUGCAGAGAGUUGUACCUUUUAUCAACGGGGUUAACAGUGUUCGCAUAAUUUCGGUACUUGCGGAUACGGACUUCUCUCUGACAUGUAGCGCGAUCCGGCAUUUGAUCUACUACGGCUGCAUAUUUCUCCUAGACAUUUUCUCAUUCUCGGCAAUAUACGCCCCAACGGCACAGUUUGGUUCAACCAUUGCAAUAGACGAAGAUAUGCAACGUGAAUGCGCAAGAUAUGUAAAUACUCGUUUUGCUCCCACCCCAAGCAUAACUGCGCCACCAACUGUGAACCCAUCUACCCAAUCUGCCUUAUCAUCUAGUUCUCGAAACAGACAGAAGGCUUGCAGUGAGGUAGACCAUGAUGAAAUAUGGCCUUUGGUCGCUAACUCUGGCACUGGCAACAAAAGCGCUGGUAUCGUUGACGGAGUCGGCUUAAUUGAGCUUUACGCCAGCCUUAGACAGGGAAAGACUGUCAAGCAGUUUUAUAUCGAGCACAUCCACGAACUUGCUAACAUUGAUUUAAGACGAUUCAUAACAUUUGGCGUCAUAAAGGGCUUCCUGUAUCGCGUCCAUAAGUACGCCUAUGCAACAGGAUAUCUAACUCAGCAAACAAGACAACACAGGCCUGGCCUUGCUUCCACGGCUUCCUCAUCUUUUGUUGUCAGCAGUGGCCCAGACUUAGGAGGGCGCCGUUUGUCCUCGCAAAGUCGUCGAUCAAUUAGCUCGCGAGAUGGGGGUCAUUCCGCGACACUUUCGCCUAUUAAUGACGACAGCGCCAUUGAGGACGAUAGGGAUGAUGAUUACGCUUUAGGAGACGACGAGGAGGUCGGGAUUGAUGAUAAAACGCUGGGGAGUUAUCUCGAUGGAGCCCACUGCUUCGAUCAGAUAUGUACGGAGCUGGAAAUCAGCGAGAAGGAACUCACGGAUCGGUUAAGGAGGUAUCCGUUUGAAGUGCAAAUUAUUGACCGGUAG